AUGGAGUUGCCGGCGCCGUCGUCUCCUCAGCCACCGCCUCCGCCUCGGCGGUGGGCUAUGCUGCGCCGCGUCCCGGAAUUGUCCCGCGUCGACUUGAGCCAGGACGACUUCGCCCUCGUGCUCGCCGCCCCACCGGACCUCACCCGGCUCUCCAUAUCGGAUAUCAUAACGGACUACGGCGAGGCCUUCUCGCCCCGUUCCUUCCCCUUUGUCCUCGCUGCUGAUCCAUCCGGCCUUCUUCUCAUCACUGACUCCUACGGCGUCGCCAAGGACCCUCUCGGCGCCGAUAGGCCCAUCUACUUCGUGUGGGACGCGUCCCUGGUCCACACCCACCGCAUCCGCGGCCACCAAGAGUCCGUAAACCACUCCGGCAACGUCGGCUUCAUCGUCACCCCAUCAGGCAGACGCGACCACGAUUUGACGGUCGUGGAGCUCCUGCCCGUGAGCGCCGGCGAAAGCAUCACCAUCCUCUGCUACGACUCCAAGUCCCGCAUCUGGACCAAGAAAACGCUGCCGUUCCCUAUGCCCUACUACCCGUGGUCCAGCGCCACCGUCUUCUCGCACGACGGUAAACUCUGGUGGGUGGAUCUCCGGCACGGCAUCCUCUCGUGCGACCCCUUUGCGGAUGACGACCCACAAGCAGUCCUCUUCGUGCCAUUCCCAGACGGGGCAGCGGCAUUAUUGAGGCGCGGCGGAGAUAUCAGCAAGCACCGCUGCGUCAACCUGAGCGACGGCAAGCUGCGGUUUGUGGAGAUGGCCGGCAGCACUCGCGUGCCGAGAGUCGUCGCGUGGACCUUGGUCGAUCCUGAGGCAUGUCUGUGGGAGCUGCACUACGAUGUGAAGUUGAGGGAAAUCUGGGCUGACGAGAGCUAUGAGCGAACUGGGCUGCCCAUGAAGAGGCCUGUGCUCGCAGGCGUCCACCCUGCUGACCCAGCCGUGGUGUACUUCUUCAACAUGGGGAAACUCUUCGGAGUCAAUCUGGGCACCAACAAGGUUGACCAGUGUAGUGUGGCGUUCCAGCAUGCAUCAACAGACCCGACGGUACUAGAUAUAGAUGAGGAGUCAUCACGCUUCCUUCUCACCUGGGACCUUCCACCAUCGCUAACUUCAUCAUCAGGUUAUUACUGA